AUGAGAAGGUGCUUGUGCACCGGCCGGUCCUUGCGGAUUGGCCGCCGGUUGAUCACUCCGUUACUCGCCCUCUCCUCCCCCUUGGCGCUUCGAACCCAGACUCGACCUGCCUCGACACGCGGGCCUCUUACUGACGAAGAACACCAAUUUAUCACCUCAUACAAUGAUUUUCCGGCAUCUCCCCUCCAAUCCGAGCGGAGAUUCCUUAUCGAAUCAUGGAUACCAUUCCUCAUGGCAUGUCGGCCUACACAACGACCCGACAACCGCGCGGAUCCGCAAAACCCCACCGUUUCGCUCAUGCAACACAAAAAGGACCUCGAUCGGGUACAUAAACUGAUGGGAGUCUUGUGGGCAUCAAGAACGCAUGCGAAUCUGGACCUUUUGGCGCAUUUGGGCUUUAAUAUGAAGCAGUGGUCUGGAGUACACGCGCUUUUGAGCCAAUUUAUCGACACAUACGAGAUCAUCAGGCCUUUCCAGAUCGCUCAGCAUUUAGCACCAACCCUCGACUGGUUUGCGGGUGAUAUGUCUCUGAACCAACUCACAGGCAUCACUCCCUCAGCUUUGGGUCAACGUGUCGAAUCGCUUCCCACAUCAGACACUACUUCUCUCGAUGCUAUUACAAUGAGGCCUGCCGCGAAGGGCCUUAGUGAUCGCUAUCUGGGGGAACUCUUAUACAAUAUUGGAUCGUUGGCUCUGGCUGCAGCAGAUCGCUCCCCGGAGGAAUCUAAGGCCGCGAUGUCCUGCGUGUUCCGCCUUCUUGCGCGCAUGCAUAAUCUGGGCCUGAUUUCUGACAAAAUAUACCAAUACCAGCCUUACAACUCUCAUGAACAAGUGUUUCGUCCUCCCGGGCUACAUCUGCUUUCAAGCCAUAUUAUGACAGUUCUGUCUGACGCAGCAUGGUUAGAGCAUGAGUCUGAACUGGCCAAGGCGGCUACCGAAGCAGGAGAGGAUCCUCCAUUCCUGCCUUUCCCUGUCGAAUUCCGAGAGCUGGGCCCGGAAAUUUGGUUUGAGCUCAUCCUUUGGUGUUGCGUUGAGCACGGGUUGGCAAAACAAGGCGCCCUGUUGGUUAAAGCGAUGCAGAAGCGGAAGGGCGACGGCGAAUGGAAAGUCGAGAGCUGGGCACCUCUAGCCCAGAAUCUUGAUAUAGUACGACAAACAAACAUCACUACGGAGCAGUCCUGGCGUCGUCCGCAUAAUGGCGGUCCUCCCGAGGUGUUCAAGGGACGCAACAAACCCCCCUUCAAUGGUCUCGGCAAAAGGACCAUAAGCACAGAGGUGGUUGUAUGCUUGCGAGACACACUGUACGACAAAGCCUAUACAGGAGUCGGUUUCUACGGAGCAUCUCCUUCGGAGCUACUCCAACUCGAGGCUCCCCUGAGCGAGCUCCUCGACCCCGCCGGGUCUAAAGACGACCUUCGGCCGACAAACAAGUUGACGAACUGGCAUAUGACGCGAAUUUUUGAGUCGGGCAGCCUAGAGCCCAACAAGGACCCAGUCGCCUUUCAACGGAUACUGCGGUCCACUCAAAGCGUGGUGCCACCAUGGCAACCCGGCUUCGAUACAUCGGAGCAUCAACUUGAUAAAGUGACGAGGUCUCAGCUGUAUGACGAGUCAGCGGCCAUUUCCGGCCUGGUGGAGUACAACAUCAAGGCGUUUGCCAAUCAACGCCAAGCUGGACGCUCUUUCUACCAAUUCGCUUGGCUUCAGAACAUUGUUGAUGCCAGCAAGGCUCAACACAUCCAAGCUUUCUUUGAACAUAUAAACCAAUCACAGUCUGCGGAUGUCCUAUUUUUCGACGAUGCCCACUCAUCUAAUCUCAAGAUACACCAGUCCUCCUUGCCAGGGAUUUCCGAUAUGACGAUGGCCGAAUUGAUAGAUCUGGCUACUUCGAGCCGUGCGUAUGGGUUUGGAAACUGGUUGCUUUUUAACGAUGACCCUGACGGACCUUCAAUCCCUACAAGCUCCUACGGCAACCAAAUGCUGGCGCCAGCGCUCUUACGAUUCGCAACUGCCACCAAAAAUCCGGAGCUCUGCGAAAAGAUCAUUGCUGCCCUAGCCAUGCCACUUUCUGUCAACACGCUUAAGUGCCUGGUUAAUUUCCACAUCGCACUAGCCGAUUGGACCCGCGUGCGCAUGACACUGAACUAUAUGCGCGAUUUCAGAUUGAAAUCUUGGGGAUUCCACAAUCUCGCCUCCCUGGCGGCUAAGGUCAUCAGAAUGGACGCUACCAUCAAGAAGAAGCAUGCUCGCGGAGUCACUGUGGAGAAGAAGGAAGAGGAAAGCCUCGAGUCCGCCAAAGACAUACUCCUGCGUUUCUUCGAAGGUGAAUUCAACACGCAGGCCAGCAAGAACCGCCGGGUAGCCGACUUCCAAGGAAGAGCUCUCCGCCGUCUCCAGCAGGUAUUGUCAACCCUGCCCGAGCCUCUGGCUGGUCUCAUGGAGCAGGUGAAGUUUAAGCGAUCUCCCAGAAGCCACCAACGAAUGCAUUACAUUCCCUGCGUCUCCUUCAACGAUAUCCUCACCGCUGCAGUGGAAGUCCACGGCAGCAAAGUCGGCAUGGAACUUUAUGCCCAAUGGUGCCAGGACGUUCCAAGCCCAACGAUGUCCCGUCAACAAGAGGGCGGCGUAUCGCGGCUCCUGACCCUGCCAGAAAUGAGGGAUCAUAAUGGCAACCCAACCUUCAACCCGGCGUGGCACGCUGAGAUCCAACGCAAAGCAGUGGUUCCAGACGUGAACACCAUCCGCAUCAUUGCGCAAGCCGCACUCCAAGAGUUUGAGGCCGAGCGGACAAACAUGCCUUCCUCAACUCCCGACGAACCUCCUCCCUCAUCUCCCCCUACCGAUCACUUCAUCGAGGAUGGCUACCAAAUCGACGUCUCUCGAUCCCUCUACCAAUACGUCAGCAAAAACGGCGGCAGGCCUCCGGCCUCAGAAGCCGAAGCCGCGCUCGACUUCUGCGCAACCAGGUACCUGCGCGCCCGCAUUCCCGAAGACCAAAUCGACGCCGACCUUCCAGGCCACCUGGCCCGCCUGCGCGCUCGCGGUGUUUUGACCAAGCGUUCAGGUGCUCGCGAUAACUGGAGCGAGCGGGCGGCGGCGAAACGGGUCAGAGAUGAAGCGAAGGAGCUCCAGAACGAUCCGUUCAUGGCCUCUUGGCUGGCUGAUGCUGCGCAGGAGUAG